AUGAUUGACGCGAAAGACGCGGCCGGGCCGAUGCGGGGGCCGGGUCUCCUCGUGGCGUGCAAGUUCGGCUGCGAGGACGCGGCUGUGCGCGAGGUGCAGCGCGCGCUCGGCGAGCUCCAUGGUACGGGGAAAAAAAUAACCUUGUCCACGUCAGCUGCCACGCUGGAGGAUGGAAACGCGAGCGACCGAAGCGACGACACCGCCGCGAAGGGCGAGGGACGAUCGAUGUCGAUCGAGGAACACGCGCGGCGCAUCGCCGUCGCGCACAAGGGGCUCGCGUGGCUCAGAUACGACGGCAUUUCUCAGAAGCACUCCCCGCGAGACGACGAAACGGUCGAUGAGGGUUUCCCGGGUAAAAUGGCCAACACUCGCGCGGACGCGGUGGAGGCCUUCGCGGCGCUGGUCGGGCGUCGCGACGUACCCGCGGCCGCGCUCAAAUCUUGCCAGUACAUCUUCCCGGUGUCGUCCUGCGUCGCGGCGACCGAGGAAGCGCUCGAGGCGGCGGUCGUGACCGAAUGCGACGCGGCGGUGCGCGACCCGUCGUCCAAGCUGAGCGCUCCGAGCUGCCGCGUCGCGGUGGCGGUGCACACCCGCGGCGACGACAGCCGCGCGGCGAGCGCGAACGGCGCGCCGCCGCUCGCGCGCGUCGUCGCGCGCGAUGCCGCGCUUCGCGCGCUGAUGAACGCCAGAUCCAGCGCGUCCCUGCCGCCCGCGACGCUCGACCUUCACGCCCCCGAGAUCGUGGUGCUCAUCACCCAGUGGAGAAUACCGACGGCGGGUGAUCGGGACGGGCCCAACGAGCCAGUCUGCGGGGUCUCGAUCAUGGCCGGAGACCUCGUGGACGUUCGCGCGAAGAACAUCGCGCCGCGCAAGCCGUCCGCGCACAAGCGACCGGCGGCGGCGACGACGACGACGGAGAAGAAGAAGAAACCAAACCAGUGGAAACCCGGCGAUAGGAGCGCCGGCAUCUCCAAAGCCGACAAGGUGUACGAUGCCGACUUCUCCGAGCACAGGCCGCUCAAGGCGGAGGUACCACCCGCGAGGACCGUGAUGUCCGACGACGAGGCGACGCGACUCUUCGACGCCGCGGUGGAUAAGCGGGUAAAGGCUGGCCUCUUUCGGGUCCGAGGCGAAGGCGUCUCGAACGAUACUAUGUCGAACAACCUCGAGAGGCUCCGCGCCGCGUCCGCCGCGGGCUUGGCGCUCCGCCUGGUUCACGGCACCGGCGACGGCUUCGACGGCGCGACCGCGGACCUCCUCGGCCCCGCGGUGCUCGUCGAGCAGCACAGGCGCUGGGCGUGCGUCGACCCGCUGCUGAGGGCGGUGACGAAGCGACUGGGAGAUAAAACUCCGGUGUAUCUCAAGCGGCGUUGGAGCAAGGCGCCGGGCGAGCGCGGCGGGUGCCUCGUGUCGGGCGUUCCGGUGAGCGGCGGCGGCGAGGGAGUCGAUGACGCACUCGCGGCGGAGGCGAGGCGCGCGGCGGACGAAGCCGCCGCCAAGGAGGGCAAGGACACCCACCGCGACGGCGUCGUCGUUCGCGAGCCCGGCGAUGACGGACUAAAAUUCGGGCUGUGGCUCACCGGGGAGGAACACGUGGGCGUCUUCCUGGACUCCAGGCCCGCGCGCGAGCUCGUGCGGCAAAUCUCGAACGGGAAAAGGGUGCUGAACCUGUUCUCCUACACCGGCGGCUUCGGCGCGGCGGCGUCCGCGGGGGGCGCGACGUGCUCGCACAACGUCGACGCUAAGACUCCGUGUCUCGCGGCGGCCAAGGUGAACUACGCGCUCAACGGCCUGCCACACGAGGGGGACUGGCGCGCGUUUCAGCGCAAAGACGUCGUGCGCUUCUUGGCGAUGACCGCGCGGAGCGAGGUGCGGUACGAUCUCGUGGUCGUGGACCCUCCGCCGAGGUUUUCUCGAAACAGCGAUUGGGCCUUCGAGGCGGAGCGCCACACGGGCCAGCUGCUCGCCAUGUGCGUGGAGGUCUGCGCCGACACGGGCGCCGGCGUGCUCAUCGGCUCGAACGCGCUGGCCGUGAGCGACGCGAGGUUCGAGGAGAUGAUCGUCGAGGCGGAGGAGCUGAGCGGUAGGUCGUUGGUCGCGAAGGAGUGGGUCGGCGCGGGUGAGGAUUUCCCGCCGUGUCCGUAUCGUCCAGCCGCCAGAUUCGCGCUCCUCGACGUGGGCGACGCGCCCGAGGGCGGCGUCGCGAGGGACAAAGGGCAGCGCACGACCAUCGCGGAGGAGCUCGGAGCGCGGGACGAGGGCGGAUCCGGCGGCGACGACACCGACGGCUUCGAGACGGCGAACGACGACGAAGUCGCCGGUGAUGAGUCACCGCCCGGUGAGUCACCGCCGCCGCCGCAGCCGCCCGAAGCCGACUUCGCGUGUCUCAUGUGCGCCCAUCCGUUCCCGUCUCGCAACAAGCUGUUCCGGCACUACAACGACGCGACCGAGGCGUGCGGCGCGUGGUGCGCGUCCCACGGCGGCGUCGCCGCCGCCGCCGAACUCGUCAACGCGGGGAAGCUCGAGCGCCCGACGUUCGACCCUCCGGACUUUGCCGAAAAGUCUGGAAAAGUCGCGAAACAGUCGGGCGCCGAGCGGCGCGGGGGGAAACAACGGCGACGAGGUAACGCAGCGACGGAGGACGCGAACCGCCGCGAGGCGAGCGACGCCGAGCUCUGGGUCGGCGGCUUGCACGGCGAACACGCGUACCCGCGAGCGCUCAAACGACUCGUCCACGCCGCCAUACCCGGCUCCUCUGGGAUCGACCAACCGAUCGUCCGUCUGGUGGUCCGAAAGGGCUGGAGGGAGAGAGGAACCGGGCGUUGGAUCGGGUACGGGUUCGUGCGGUUCAGAGACGGGGAAGAAGCGAACGCCGCGCUUCCGCACAUCGACGGCGCGUCGCCGGCGGAGGGCGUCUCGCUCGUCGCAAACUUUGCCGCGACUCCGAAACCGUUACCCGGCGUCGGACAGAACCUACCCGGCGUCGGACAGAACCGCGAGUCAGGGCGCGAGCCGUUGAGUCGCGUCAAGAGCGACUCCGCGUUCGAGAGCAGCGCGGACGGGUCCGCGUACGGGUCCGCGUGCGGGGAUUCGGACGCGGACGCCGGAGCCGACGCGGAUGCCGACGACGCGGAUGCCGACGCGGAUGAUGACGGUCCCGUCGCGCCCGGUCGGGACCCGAGCCAUCUCGCGGUGGCCCGCGCGUGGCCGAAACGGACGCUCGCGGCGAGGGCACGAGCCGCGGGCUUACCCUCAGUCGACGCGUACCUCGGCGCUGUCGCCGACGGGUCGAACCACCCGAGGCGCGCCGAGCUCACCGCGCGAGCGUUGAGGUUCUCGCGAGGCGCGCCAGUCCCGGAGCCGCUUCUGGCAAACCUCCGCGUCGCGCUGGAGACCGCUCGUUGGCCACCGGUGAGUCACCGCCCAAAGGUGGACUCGGAGCGGUACUUGGUGCUCCGACGCGAGGUCCUCGGCGCGAACGAUCCGCGCAGCGACGUGGUGGAUCCCUACGCCGAGCUCAAGUCGGCGGCAAACGCGGUGCUUGAUUGGGCGGAGCCCGGGUUCGAGUACGACCACCUCGCAAUCACCCGAAACUUCGUCGGGUCGCCGCACGUGGACGGGGAGGAUAAGAGCCAUCAGUACGCCGUCGCGCUGGGGGACUACGGCCAAGGCGGCGAGCUGUGCGUCGAGUCUGAGGAUGGCGCGACGCGGUGGGUGGUGGACACUCGCGAUUCGAUAGCGCGGGUGGACGGGAGGUGCGCGCACUGGGUCCGGGGUUGGCGCGAUUUCGGAGCGAACGCGAGGUACUCGGUGAUUUACUACGUCACGCGGCCGCGGUGCGCUACCGCGUUGUCGUUCGCGGUCGACGAGGGCUGGUCGCCCGGGGAUGGGGCGAUUGCGGGGGCUGGUUCAGCCGCGCCCGCGAGUGACGGGUCGAUUGACGUGGCGGCUUUGUCGCUUUGCACGUUCCGGUCGGUCGAGGCGGCCGUGGGGAGCGCGGUGCGGGUGGUCGGGGCGCUGUUUCCGUGGCCGCGCGCGAUGGAGACCGCGUGGGAGGCGUUCGCGUCCGUGCUGCCGAGCGAGGGUCGAUGGUGGCUCAUUCGGCUGUCGUGA